CCUAAUUCCCAUCUCAAUAUUACAGGAAUUUCUCGCUUCAUGUACAGAAAUAUGGCUUCGACAUCUGAAUCUGACGCCGACAUGGAAAGGUCGCCACAGUGGGAAGACGUCAGGAAGGAAAUGCACGAAGCCAUUGCAGCGAAAGACGAGGCUCGUGUUCUGAAGUGCCUGGAUGCUGCACCUGCAUUGAAACUGUGGUUGGAUCCUGUCACAGAUGAGUCAGCUCGUUGCAGAGCUGUUAAAAGGAAAGCCAUUCGUAUACAUGGCCUCUUAGUCUCGCGGGAAUGUGGACUCAAGAACGACAAAGAAUCAUUGUGUUACCAACAUUUCAGACGCCUUGAACAAGCUGAAAUUCGUCGACAACAAUAUUACACCACAGAAUGCGAUGACUCUUACAUCGACUAUUUGAAAAGCAAAUCAAAAAGCGUCACCAGAUGUGAUGACUUCGGUGUACGAUUGGAGAAGAUGUUUAAGCAGCUCUCCAGUAAUGAAUUAAACAGGAUUAUUCUCAAAGUGGCUGCAAGAGCGCCACACCUGGAAAUAACGUUCGACUACAACAGUGAAAAUGUUCAAGGGAUCACGGGAAGCUGCAACAGAGGCGACAUCGGCCUUACUUACUACGAAGAACAAAGAGUUUUCAUCGGGGGCCGCGCUGCAGAAGCCGAAGUCUGGGGAACACUUAUUCACGAGUUAUGUCAUAUGGCACUUUACCUAGUGUACAGGAAUGAUGGCAAGCCAUAUUACAGCGACGAUACCAAGCGGGAAAAGCAAUACAAUGACAUCAUGAAUGACAUAAAAUCGAGGGAAGAAGAACUGAACCUUCUCAUCCAGCAAGCUUUAAAGGACGGAAAUCAAGAAGAAGAAUUAAUUGUACGGAUCCCUCACGUUCUGGUUCAACAUGGUUGCGACAAAGGUCAUAGGCUUCUGGAACAAGAAGUACCCGAACUACUAAAUUUUUUCAAGGACCAUGUCAUGCUGGACAUGCGGGAAUUCAUUCACAGUGGAAUCCCUUCAGCAGACGCAGAAAAGAUCAAAGAAGAAAACGCUAGACUCCAAAGAUCUUUCAACAUUGGCAAGCUUGACGUCAAAUUCGAGAAACCAUUAAAGAAGAGUAUCUGGAAAGAAGGAUCGCUUCACGUACUUACCGGUCCAGAGCUGGGUCUUCUGGAAAUAAUGGUUCACAACGCUGUGAAAUCUUCAGGCCAGCCAUACUUGUUUUUCGAGACAUCCCAGACGGACGGGACAGAUGUGUUAGUGGAUAACAAAUGUGCAUUUGUGCUAGUGACGGUCCGUCCUAACACAAACUUCGGACGGGAUCUCAGAUUUUUGAGUGACGUGUCCAGUGUGACCGGAGCGAAAGUGAUCUUGCUUGUGGAAGACAGUGGCAAGGAUGACUUGUUGAAGCAAGUGGAAGAAGAAGCACUUUUUGACAAGAAACCUUUAGUGUCUAACGUCCAUGAAGCGAGUUUGGAGCAUGUCGCGAAGAGCUGCAAAACAAAAGUUUUUAAAAAAUCUGGCGUAGAACUUCAGGGCAGAUAUGUUUCUUGCUUGCCUGAAGCAAUGAAUAUCGACACCUUCUUACGUUGUGUAGACACUUCAGUUUUCCUAAAGCUAUGUGAAUCACUGAACAUUGACGUGGGACCUCCCCUUCAUGAACUAGAAGGAAGUGUUAAGAACUGUUAUGUGGAGCGAGUGUUUACAAGGGACGUGAAAAUUGACCUGAAAAAGUGCAGACUGGAUGACGACAAUGAGGCUUUUGCUCUCUUGGGGUGUCCAGUUGAUUGUGCUGCAAAACAUGUACCUCAAGGUUAUCAGGCAAAACAUCAGGAUAAUUUAGAGAGUUUUGAAAAAUUUGUGGUUCUUCAGGAGCCACGUGACUACGAAGCUCUCCUGCGAAAUAAUAAUUACAGGGGGAAGGUGGUGCAUCUGUUCCGGAUCAGUGAAUACGGUGAGGGACUGAUGUGGAUUAAAUCAAAUGGCCCUCUCAGUCACCUUCCAAUGACUGGGAGUGAAGAUUAUACUACAGAGACGUUGCUGAAAGUGCCCGAGAAGGUCGUCCUCGUUUCUGGCGCACCUGGUAUGGGAAAGAGUGUGUUGGCAUCUCGGUUGUGUACACAGUUAAAAACUCAAGACAAGAAGCGGUUGGUGCUCUACGUCGACCUUCCUCAGAGAAUGGCAUCUGUUAAAACUGCAUCGCCUAGUCUGGAAUAUCUAGCGAAUCUGUGCCAGGUAGGAAAACGUGGUCUGGAGUUCGCUUUGUUCGAAGAAAGCUUGAACAAUGGAAGCCCUUUCAAGGUCGUUGUCAUGUUGGAUGGCUUCGAUGAAGUCAACGAGGAAUGUCGCAAGUGUGUGCUCGCCCUUAUACAGUUUCUAGCUAGCAAAAACGUUUACAAGGUGUAUCUUCUUACUCGCACUGUGUUUAAACCUUAUGUACAAGAUGCCUUGCACACAGUGUCUUACGAUCUCGUUCCUUUUUCUGAUGAAAACCAGAAUGAUUUCCGUAAAAGGUAUAGGGCCCAAACAGAAACUCCAGCCACCAGGAAUGACACAUUUGCGCAAAAAUUCCAGCAAGUGUACGCGACAUUGAAGGAGAAAAACAAGACAAUCCUGGAAACCCCUCUCCUACUUCGUAUGAUGGCUCAGAUGGAGAGCGGGGAAAUUACAAAGUCGGACGAUUACUCUUCACUUCUUAAUAUUGCUGACAUUUGUGGCGGCAGUAUAUACACUGUACACAUCUACAAGAUGUUUGUCGAGUACAAGCACCUUGUGCACAGAAAAGAGAAGGUGAAGGAAGACAUCUCCCGGAGUGCUGUGCGAGGGGACAACCAUGGCGCGAAGUCUCCAUUCUACGCAAACCAUGGUCUCCUGGCUAUGAAGUGUAUAUUUCCUCAGGAUACCUUGGAAAUAUUAUUGAAUGAAGACGAAUUAGACCAGUUAGAUCCCGAAGGAAGUUUCAUCACCGGUGUUGAUUCUUUCAAAGAAGGUUUUGUGAAUAGAAUUAACGAAGGAGGAAUUCCCGAGUUCGUUCAUAAGACUUUCGCCGAAUUUUUCGCAGCGCACUACCUGUUGGAAAGGGCAAAAGUAAGAAAAAAAUCCAGGUUUAGGGAAAAUGUUGUCGGAUUGUAUGGUAAAGAAGACUACGAGGAUGUAAUGCUGUUGUUCGAUGGACUGGCGUCGGCGUCCUCUCCACUUCACUCUGCUGUAAUAAACAACGACGCUUCAUAUUUUGAGCAAUGUGAUAUUCAAACAGAAGACAUGCUGCUUGGCGAUGAGAUCAAAAGGACGCCAUGGCACGUAGCAGCCCUGCAUUCUGAUAAAGCAACAUUGAAGAGGCUUCCAAUGGACGAUAAACUAAUCAAGAAUGAUUUAUUUAAUAUGUCACCGUUGGGGUACGUCGAACUAUUUUCCCCAUGGGACGCAGAGUGGAUGGAAGAUCUGUGGGAAGGGUCUGUUAUCAAUUAUUUGUCGACUACGGCUAUGAAGAAAUAUCUGCCGACUGAGACUUCAGCUCUGAUAGAGAGAUUCAACGUAAUAUGCGCUCGAUGCAGUGAGCAAGCAGUGAGACGUUCUACCCAAAAUCUGUGCAGGUGUGAAACCUUCGAGCAAAAGAGACGUUUUCUAGAGCGAGCAAUAUUCACGGCUGUGAUACUCGACCUACCAGGCGUUUUAGACGUGUAUCUGAGCUAUGUGUCCCCGAGAGAGAGUACAGGAGAACUAGACACCAAAGACCAAUUGGAAUCACGCAAGGAACGAAGCUUGAGAUGUUCUGCAGAGCCUUCGGUAAUUGAAGAUCUCGAUGAUAUCAGAGACGGUGACAAUAGCUCUGUUCCUUUUUACGCAAAGUCUGAGGUUGUUUGUAAAAUGCUCCUUCCUUACUGCGAUAUGGGAAUUCUUGAUCGGCAUGGAAACACAAUGUUGCACAUUAGUGUGAAAGAAGGAAAUCUGGAGACAACAAAGUUUCACCUCGCACAUUUAUCCGUUAACAAUAGAAAUAGAAAAUUUCAAACUCCUUUGCACUUGAGUAGAGAUGCAGAGAUUGCGAAGCUACUUCUUUGUCGUUAUCCUUCAGUGAAUGUUGUCGAUUAUAAGCAACGAACUCCGAUGGAUAAAUGUGCAAAGAGAGAUGAUUUGGAGGUCAUGAAGUUGUUACUCCUUCGCACUCGGACAUAUGACGCACAUCACAUGAGACUGAACACAACACUUCAUGUGGCUUCUGAUUCUCUUUGGCUUGAAGCUGUGAUGUUUCUUCUACCUCACACAAAUGCGCACAUGCUUAACUGCAAAAGAGCAACGUGCUUAGACGUUGCUUGGACAAGUUGGGAAUAUCGUUUGAGUCGGGAUUCCAACGUUGUGAGGUGUCUCAUCCCACACUCGCUCGUGAACUCACCUGAAACGUUCGGCUCAUCACCGUUGUACGUCUGGGCGAAAGGUGAUGGAAGGAAAGUGAUGCAAACCCUAUGGCCUUAUUUGCGACACAGUGACACUAGGCAUGCACAGAGGAUCAGCAGAAGCCCCGUGUUUACGUGGUUUAACUGGGAUUUCCAAGGAGAAAUUUGGUGCCUGAAACUUCUCUUCCUCCAUUUAGAUGUGAUCGCUGGUGAUCGUUAUAGCCGUAAACUCCUACAUGAUAUGGCCAAGAAAAAGCUACGUGAGAUAAAAACAGUAAAUUAUAUUAAUUACAUGAAGCUGUUACAGCCGCAUUUAAAUCGCCAUAUCCAGCAUUAUGUACAACGUGGAGUAAAAAAUGGUGCUCCCAACGAUGUCUACACCGAAAUGAUCGAUGACGAUGGCAGUAUGAAGUUGCUAGUAGAAGCAGAGGAAGGUAAUGUGGAAGCUGUUAAGACUCACCUCUCCCCUUCAUCCGUGUGCUUUACAGAUCAAAAAGAGAACACUGCAUUGCACUUGAGCGCGAGGAAGGGACACACAAAUGUGGUGAAGCUUCUCAUUCCUUUUUAUACAUCAGUGGACGUGAUCAAUGUGCUUUGGAGAACGCCCAUGCAUGUGUGCGCCUCAAAUGGACACCUGGACGUUGUGAAGUUGUUAUUACUCCGCUCUAGAAUGAGUUCCCGUGACAAUGUUGGAAUGACACCUCUUCACUUGGCCUGUGACAGUGGUGCCGUUGAUAUCGUGAACUUCCUUCUUCCACACUCGUUCCCUAAUAUGCGCGACAAGGAUGGUUCCACGUGCUGCGCUCUUUCCUCUAAAACAAGGAAAAUUAAUGUUCUGAGAUGCCUCAUCCCUCACUCUCUUAUGAACUGUACUAAUUGGAUAGGCGAUUCACCAACGCGAACCUGUGGAAAAUAUUAUAUGAGAGAAGAACUGGUGACAUUAUUGCCAUAUUCUUAUGAUUAUGACGCUGCGAGUUUAUUGUGGCGUCCCCGGCUGUCAUUUUAUAAGGACGGUAUCAGUAUGAUAAGUAUGCCUUGUCUGAAAGUUAUGGUUCUCCACUCAAAUGUCAGGACAGUAGAUGUGUGUUUUCGCGAAACACUCUACGAUGUCCGACGGUCUUAUGCAAGGAUUGAUCCAAUCCCGCGUCUAGAACAUAUUGCGCGAUCACGAGACCUAAGUUAUAUUUCUGUCUUGCUUCCUCAUACAUAUGUUUCUGCUAAGCACGGUAAAGACAAAAAGCUAUUAGAGGAAGUCCUCGAAUGUAGUCAGGAUCCCGAAUUGGUUAGCUCCCUUCAGAAAUGGACUCGCUUGAGUGACUUUCAUUCAUGAUGCUGACGAUUGUUGGCAACGGUUGUGGUUGAUGCCGUUGAUAUCGUGAACUUCCUUCUUCCCCAUUCAUUCCCUAAUAUGCGCGACAUAGUCGGUUCCACGUGCUGCGCGCUUUCCGCUACAAGAAGCAAAAUGAAUGUUGUGAGAUGCCUCAUCCCUCACUCUCUUAUGAACUGUCCUGAUGAAGGAGGCGAUUCACCUACGCGAAUCUGUGCAAGUCGUUAUAUGAGAGAACAGCUGGUGACAUUAUUGCUAUAUUCUUGUGAUUAUGACGCAGCCAGUUUAUUGACUAUUCUCCCGCUGUCAUUUUGUAAGGCCUAUAUGAGUAUGAGAACUACGCCUUGUCUGAAACUGAUGGUACUCCACUCAGAUGUCAAGGCAGUAGAUAAGUGUUUCUGUGCAACACUCA